AUGGCUGCCGUGACCCCACUCCUGAUGUUCUUCCAGGAUUACCACUACGACUGCAAAGUCACAGUCAACAUCCAGAUAAAUCAGCAGCUGUAUGCCUCCUACAUGUACUUGUGUAUGGCCGUUCACUGCACCCGCUUUGAUGUGGCUUUGAAGGGCUUCUCGCGCUACUUUCUUCGCCGGUCUCACCAGUGGAGUGCGCUUGCUGAGAAGCUCAUGUCGAUGCACAUCGACCGAGGUGGGUUCGUCGCCUUUAGCCACAUCAGGAGCCCCUUCGUGGAUGACUGGGAUGGAGGCCUCCAUAUCAUGGAGUACGCCCUCGGUCUGGAGAAGAGCCUCAACAAGUGCCUUCUGGAGCUUCACCACCUGGCGAAGAACAAGGAGGACAUCACCCUGUGCAACUUCCUGAAGUGCCACUACCUGGGCCCUCAGGUCCAUGUCCUCAAGGAGAUCUCUGAACACUUGACCAACAUUCGCAAGUUAGGGACUCUGGGGGAGGAUGUGGCCGACUACAUCUUUGACAAUUGUUCCCUGAAGUAA